CCCGAGCUAGAGCGCCCCAACCACCCCGCGUCUAUCAGCGCAACACAAGUAAUCGCGCGUCAACGCCAUCGGAUUUCAUUAACAUUACGGUCAUUACAGCGACUUGAGACAGCGUGCAAUAUACCAAAUCGUUCCUUCCUCGGGUAGCUUCGUGCAUUCCCGCGUCCGAGCUUCAUCAUGUCGCCUGCACCAAUCACGCAGGACGCGGCUGCCUCAGCGUCUCCGCCACCAACACAGUCGACACCACAGGCGAUAGCUCCAUCAGCUCAGCCUGUGUCAAGUCAUUUCGAUGACAUCUUCCACGCCAAGUUUAUGAAAGUCAUCAACGAUUGGAAGAACGAUCCUGCUAGGGGCAGCCUCACUCAAAAAGACCGUAAGACUUUCAUUGAGAACGCGUACAAUGAGACCGAUGAGCUUUACUUCGCUCGUCGCCAGCUCUCUGAUCAGGAGAUCAAGCUUCGUGCUCUCACCAAAGUCUUCUAUAAGAUCCUUGCCGAAGAGCCGUGGUCAGAGGACUGGAUCCGUGCCCCAGACGUCGAGCGCAAGCUUUCCCGCUUUGAAAUGCACAAAGAUUCCAUCGAGUUGGCAUCCAAAUUCAACGUUCCCACCCCCAGAGAAGCUGUCCGAGCUGCGCGCGAAGCUGCUGCGACCCAUGAAGAGACCGUGAAAGAAGCUGGCGAUAAGCCAGCGAAAGAAUUGCGCAUCGAUCGUGGCCCUUGGGACGACAUUGAGAUCAUCUACAUUCCAGGAACCGUGUCUGCAGCAGCUACAAGCCGACUGAACCGCGAGGAGACGUACCCGAUUUCAGUUUCUUCCGUCGCUUCCACUCUCCAAUCCCACAUUUGCAGGGACAUGGUGCGACCGUUCUCUAUGGCUGAACGCUUUGUCAACUGCUCAGACACCAAGGAGCUUGAGGCAAUGCGCGAGUUUGCUUGUAAUGUCUGCGACUACUGCCCUCACCUUCUCGACAACGACAACGUGAGCUUGCUUGUCGUUCUUCUCAUUCUUUCCAGAUCAGACGUCUGCAGGCGCUGGGAGAACAACGGCAUUCGCAUCGAAGGCUCCACAAUCAGUCAUCGAAAGUCUGAAUGCAUGAAGAACAAGCUUGGCUGGAAUACCACCGAACUGAAAAAGCCGUUUGAUAACUUCGCGACGGAGUUCCAAACUCGUGUGAAGAACGCGUGCUUCCCAGCCCCUCGAGCUCAGCGUGGAGGUGGUCCUAAGAACAAGGGUCGCAAGUCCUCAACCCCAGCGACUCCGUCAACACCCACCGGCUAUGGUGUUCCGCCCAUCUGGGGCUACAUGGCCUCACCUCAGGUACGACAGCAACAAGGGGGUAUGAACACUGGAAUCAACGUUCCCGCGCCGCCUGUGCAAACCAUGUUCAAGCACCCGACUACGCCUGGCCAUGACUGUAUCCCCCACCCCGCGCCUUACCAGCUGGCGGCCGGUGCUACCACCGGCGAACCCAUGGAUCUUUCCUAGGCUUCCGCUGACAUAUCGUGUGUGAACUUGUACACUAACUGCAUCUUUUUGGCGUACGGCUAUCGGCUUAGGCCUGCAUUUACAUGGUGACAAUGGCGAACAAAACAGCGACGGUUUCACGGCAUUUUCUUUUCUCAACGGAUCCCCGAACAGGGCAGUGGCUCCUCACGUCUACACUAAGGACGAUGAAGCACAAUGUAUGACAUUAAUCAAUGCAAUCAUUGCCAAUACCUUGUCCUGUGCAUUUGCAAUUCGUGUUUCGUAGUCACGCUCGCUGUCAUAUGAGAAUAGGCAAACUUCAUUGCUGCGAGCCAUGCAUAGAG